CUUCAACUCCUGAUAGCGGGGCACUUCCACGCCACGACCCUCCUCACGCGCACCCAAUUUUUUACAACUCUAAUUUCGCACCGCCAAAAUGUUCAAAAAAGAUGCAACCCCCGGCGCAAAAUCCAAAGUGAAAUCCUCCGCUCAGCGCGCCAUCCGCUCGAAAGUGCUCGACGAAUACCCCAAGCUCGAGCCAUAUAUCGAAGAUAUCAUGCCGAAGAAGGAGCAGCUAGAUCUCGUGAAGCUACCCGACCGCGUCUCCCUCUAUACUCUCGGAUCCACCCCCCUUUUUUUCCAACACAUGGACGACGCAUUCAUGCCCCACCUAUCUCUCGUGCACAAAUACCCCUCCGCAUUCCACCGCCUGCGGAUCGACCGCGGGGCCAUACGCUUCGUACUCUCUGGCGCCACGCUCAUGGUCCCGGGCCUCACAUCCGCGGGUGGCCGGCUGCCAAAUGACCCCGAAGAUACGGAGGGGACUUAUGGCGAUGAGGAGCUUGAGGCAGGGGAGGUGGUGGUGAUUGAGUCCGAAGGGAAGGAGAAUGCGUGUUUUGUGGGCGUGUUGAAGAUGGGGACGAGGGAGAUGAAGAAAGUUAAGAAAGGGCAGGCAUGUGAGGCGGGGCAUUAUCUGGGUGAUGGACUUUGGGGUUUAAAUUUGGGCUGAGGGGGGAAGGGAGGAGAGAGUUGCUUGAAUAUGGUCUCGGGACGAUGGAAGCUCCUGUCCUUAUGUAUAGAGGCAUUUGGGCAGAUAAGGAUAGAAAGUAGCAAAGUAGCAAAAAUCCCAAGAAGGUAAGGAGAGCUAUGGGAGUUAACUAGACUAAGCCUGCGUGGAGGGCAGCAUGCAGCACACUCUAAUCGAGAAGACAGCUAUCAUAGCCUUGGCCUGGAGCCCAUCCAAGCAUC